GUCCAAGUGUUCGACACUCUGUACGUCUGUCUGACUGCAGCCACUGCGACCACAAAAACGGCUUCGUCCUAAUUUGUACGACGGAGGCGGCAGCGACAACGUGAAGUACCAUAAACAGGAGCAGCGUCCGCGAGUGCUGCUUGCACCACGGACUUGCCACAUUGAUCCAUCGAACCCAGCCAACAAUAAGCGACAUCAAUGGCAUCACCGCAGCGACAGCGGGAGCUGCAUUAUUGUCAGGUCACCUGCUUCCUCUGACGGACGGUCGUCUCAAGUACUCAAACGAAUAUCUAGUAACACUAAACAUGCACAUUUAGCAGCUGCCUGAAUUACUGAUACUUCUAUUGAGACUCGAAGAGAACAGGGCAGUCGGCACCGAUCAGAAAAAAGCUGUCAGCAAACGUACGGAUCUAUCUGUGUUCGUGCUCUCAGAACGUCCGGUCAGGUGGUGGUUCUUUUCAUCGUUCCCCUGGUGACUAUCGGUGGUACGGUGGACCGUGCCACCUAGCGUUCGAUACCCGCCUGCCCGCUCGCUCGUCUGCGCUUAUCGAAAACAACUGAUCUUCGUAGGAACGAACGCUGUGCGCACUCAUCGACUCGUAUCAUUGGUAGUAGCUGUUUGCGGUUGGUGGUGGCAGCAUCUUCGCUAAAUCAUGCUCCCAAAAAAGUCGUCCGCUGUCGACAUCAACACAUUUACCACCUGACAGACAGGUAGGCCUCUGCCUAAAUGAACACAUCCUUUUCAACUACCCCUAAGAACCCGCCGCAAUGGUGUCAAUGGAGAAAGGGCAGUUUGCCGACUAACUUGAAUGAACUCUCUAAACGGAAAAGCUGUUAUACGUUGAGCACCGGAGCCAAAUAUCUCGAUCAACUACGCACUGUGCCUCUAACAGCAUAACGAACAAGGAUAGAGAUAAACGCACACCUGUCGGAGUCGGAUCCACUUGAUCGGAACAGGUGAGAGAUUGUCGCACCUGUUCUGUUAUCAGCGGUACCGCCUUGACUCGAGUAUAUCGAAUGAGUUCACUCAACCCUGAUCCCUACCCAAAUGAUGCUAAAUUUUUACCAGUCGAAUAGCAGCGUUUGUCGUGAAGAUCUCGUGUUGUGACAAUCGGAUCGAGAACGGUAUAGCGCGCGAGGUGUCAGCAGCGCCAUAACCUCUUUAUUGAACCUAAACUUUUGAACCGUGCAAAUGUCACAGCUUGCACACAUCUGAAUUACGCAAACGACACAGCAAAUGUAUUGAAGUUCGCGUAAAGCAUAUAUAAAAAUCUAGAAAUUGUUUAAAGUGGCACGAAGUUUUCGAGGUUGUCCGUAAACGGUAUUUCGCCGUCACCUCAAGACUGACAUCUGUUCGCUGCUCAUAUGAGACGAUACAUCUUGACUGUUUCUUUAUCAUCCAUCGUAUUCAGGAGGCGGCUAAGGAAUACUUCGUCGAGUCGUAUGUGUUUGCUUCCAAUGUUCAACAAGCCCAUACAACUAGGCUGGCGAAAAUUGAUCGAAGAGACUCCCGCGUAUAGUAUGCCUUCAGUUCUUCUUCGUGUUGUAUAAUAACCGAGUUGACGUGUAGAUAUUCUCUUAUGCGAGAACCAAACUGGGCCGAAGAAGCUCGUUAUCGACAGGCUUUGUUGCUGGGCUGAACUUUUCAUUCAUUUCUAGCUUAUCUGCUCUCUCGACCCGUAAUCCUGCUGCUAGUAUUCGUACCGAGGCUAAUGGAAGCACUUCAAGCAGCGCUUUUCAAAGGUGUUCUUUGAAGCGGUGAGCCUGCAACAGGUUGUGCGUCUCAAGAAGAGGGCCCGACUGCAUAGACUAAUGGUUGCCGUGUGUGGUUAAGAGGAUAGCGAUAACUUUCUCACCCACUACUUAAUUAGAUGCUCAAAGCUACAGCUCAAUUAGUGUCAAACGGAACUUCUACAUUAACGGAAAAUAGGCCAAUGCUCCUGCUGAGCCAUUUACCAGAAAGUAACAGUGAUGUGAACCGGAAAUUGUGCGUAUAUGGAGCUGAAUCGAUCGGGAUUACCUGUUCGUGGGCUGUAGUAUCCAGCAAACCCUCACGUCACUUUCAUAUUCUACGGGCGUGUUUCGUGGCCAUCUUCGCCUGUCAGUAUCGAGAGGAAAUCAAUGCAAAGACACUGACUAGUCUCCUGAUCGGCUGAGUUUCUCGAAUAGGCCAAAUGUCUCAGGGAUGUAUGCCCUGCCGGCUCAGGCGGGACGGAGCACAAUCCCCGAACACAGCAAAUCGACUUAAGGCCGUCUUUCUCGGGAGUCGGCGCUUCGGUGGCAGCACCAGCGGCAGUGGUGCUGGUGGUAAGGGCGAACAACACGCCUCUUCGCUGGGCUCAUCACGCUGCCUGACGGGUUCAACGGCGCUCAUGGUGAUGGGUGAUGCGAAGAUGGCCUCGGAGCUGCUUGCCGAGGCUCCGUUGGCCUCUGCUGAGGAAGAUUUCAGUGACUUCAACUUGAACAAACUUCCGGCUAAAACAAAUGGUGGUACCCAACAGUCGACUGGCGGUACAGCUGGUCAGAAUAAUAUCUGGACAACAGCGUCGAACGGUCCGCCAGCCAUGUCAGCAACAGCGGCGGACGUCCCCACAGGAGGUGCUCACAACUGUACGAAUAAUCUGACCCAUAGCGGUGUUGUCGAUGAUGUGUGCUUAGAUUUCGGCGAGUCAAACCUUGGAGCCUUCAGCGCCUCACUCGAAGACCUCGUCAGCUCAUUCGAUGAAAGAAUUACUAAGUGCCUCAGAGACUACGACGAAACAACUGAACAGCUAGCGCCGGUACAAGUGCGCUCAAAGGAGGAGAUCAUGAAAACUGACCAGGUUUGGUGGACUCUGACGGGCAAUUAUGGCAACAUUAUGCCCAUUGACUGGUCAAAGAGCUACGCGAGAAAGAUGCAACUAGACGCGCUCAACAUAAACGAACAAUAUAAUGACUGUCAGACGCUGCGUCACAGCACUGACUCUUCCGAUGAGGAAGACGUGGAUCGCGAUCUCGAUCUUCAUUCGCUAAUUUUGAGCAGCCUUACGUCCGAGCCACCCGCUCCCGUACAAUCCGCGGAUGAGGUCAUUCGCCAAAUCGAAGAUAUUAUGGCUGAGAGCUGUUCAUCAGAUGACGGAAUUGCUUCCGGGGAGACGACUCCGGUAAACACUCCCGGCGAUCGAGACAGCCAUAGCCCAGCGCAAGCAUGCAUUCAACCAUCAGCGGCCUGUGGUGAGACCUCGCUGAGGGCCCAAAUCGCCGGACUGAUCCGUUCCGACCGACUGCGCAGCCUCAGCAUUGCAGAACUCGUUGAAGUAUACAGCGCUCUUGAGCGCGAGGUGCAGUCGCUAUCGGAGACGCUGGUGGCCGAGCUCGCGCAGCGGGAUGAGCUUGACUUUGAGAAGGAGACCAAAAACACGUUCAUUUCGCUGCUACUGACAGUGCAGAACAAGCGACGCCAGUUCACCAUCGAUCGCAAACGUGGACGAGGCCAUACUAUCGUCAACGGAGAGCCGAAAUAUUUGACCACAGUAAUUCCGUACAAUCCUGCGGUGGGCUCUCGGGUGUCGGUCUCCGAACUGCAAAUUCUCAUCAAGAUUCUGCACGCGAUCAACGACGACUCACCUACCGUGCCUACUCUUCUCACCGAUUACAUCCUCAAAGUUCUUUGCCCCACGUAAUAGGAUUCGUCUAACUGUUCUUGCCGACAUGGGGGCAAUGGGAAACCAAUCGAGCGCAGCACUAUUCACGGGCUAGAUCCUCCAAGCCGCAACAGAAGAUGGCCGCCUAUUACGACGUUAAAGCCUGCGCCGCCAGCGACUUACCUGUCCACUUAUCGGCCUUCGAUAUAGGUUUCCAUGAGCUAGAAAUUUGUCAAUCGUCGGUCUUGCUUGAACUAUUGCGACCCAAUUAAGCUAAAUACAUCCGAAAUACACGCUAAAUUCAAAUUAACUUACUUAUAUAUUACACCCGACAGGAGCCGAGGCUCCGCUAUCCUCUAGUAACAGUAAUUCCAAUUGUACGUCUCCAAAAAUGAGCAAUUACUCACUCCGCUGUUGCCUUUACUAAGAAGUUUGUAUAAUUGCGCUGAAUACUCAGCCCAGCGAGUGUGUGCUGAAGGUAGCACAGAGUCGACCCAGAACAGAUAGACAUGUAUUACGCGUAAAUGGUCUCUGAAUCUAUGGAGAAAUACAAACAGAGAACGUCAUGGAAUAUACAGAUAUCGAGAUGAAAGAGCCAAAAAAUUAUUAGAAAUCAUUGAAAAAUAUGCAAAAACGAUCUCUAAAUAAACCCGUGACUUUCUCUCCCUCUAUAUCUCAUUUUCAUUCUAUAUGGCAAGAAGAUUAUAAAAUAUGAAGCAUGUAUCGGCAGAAUACAUACAUGGAACACAUACACACACCCGCGAACACUACUAACUGUAUUUAGAUAAAAAAAAAAAUAUAUAUAUAUAUAUAUAUCCGUAGAACUGGCAAACGAGAGAAAGAGUUCAGUAUGGCACAAUGGAGGCACGUAGUGCAAUGACUAUUUAUCGUAUAGUAUGAUCGGUCGAUCCAUUGAUUGUUGAAGACUGACAAUGGCCGUCUCCAUUGAAUCAAUUUCUUUCUGGUACCCACCCGAGGCUAGACCUCAAAAGAAGAAAAACACAUCUGCUGGUUGAGUCGAGAUACAAUUGAACUCAAUCAUUAUCUAUUUUCGAACGCCAGAAAUGGCCGCUGUGAGCUGUACAUUUUGUUAUGUUUAUAUAUAUAGACCUGAUUGUCAUCCAGCUUGCUCCGCAGUGAAUUCGAUAGCAAUGCUAUAUAAUAUUCCUAUCAUUGCUAUGAAAAAGCAGGAUGUUGACUUUAAUUACAAAGCUUGUUCUAGCUAGACGUAGAUAUAAUACGAAAGGGACAAGGUGGAAACGAUGAGAUAGAAAGUAACUAGAAAAAUGGCUGGAAUAAUGGUAUGGGGCUAAAUUGCAGUGAAAAACGCUUGGGGGGCAACGGCCGGCGCAGUGCGCAGGUCUGUCGAUGUACGAAUGAGAAUGACACGUGUCUAUUAUGUGCAGCUGUCCACUUGGAUGUGUUAACAUAAUAAGCGAUGGCAAGAACGUGACAAUAAUUGGAAAGUCGUCUAGCAGUAUACUACCGUUGGAGCACGGUAAUAUUUUAGCACCCCAUACUCCGCCAUAUAGCAUAACACUAUAUGAUAAUACCGUAAGAUCAUGUUAUAAUAGCAACGCUCGUUCUUUCUGUCGAUAUACGCGGGUACAGGCCUGAAACGCUUCACUUUGUCGUAACGUCAUUAACCAAUGAUCAUUAUGCGCAAACGUGCGACAGUGUUACCCUAUUGUGCUUCACCGACUUCAAAGUUCGUCUCCGCUCCAGUGCUAACACUGCUCGUGAAGCUAUUCUUCAAUGAUACGUUCAAAAUGCGUCGUCCAAAAACGCCUACAAUUCGGUAAAACAGACACAAAAUACUUGUUUGUAAUUUAUUUUACCAUGAGGUCAACGAAAAUUUGAACGAGUCAGCUUUGGCUUCUCUGUCCCCCAAGAAACGUGCAGAAAUAUUGCCGUACCAUCAGAUACGAUCUGCCGUUUAUUUUCGCGCGAUUUUUCAUUUCCGAUGUUUAGGAAAUAGGUCCCUGCUCGUUUCAGGUGGCCGGACAAAAAAGGGGAUCUGGCACGCGCACAUCUAUUGCCGCAGCCUCGUACGUCAAUAUAGAUUUUUUGGAGCCAGCCUGACUAUUAUUAUGCAUAAGAAAGGUAGCUAACUAGCAGCCUGGCAAGUUAUUGUCUAGGUGGAAGUAACAAUGAGAAGCGGGUGGAAAAUUAUUAGGAAUGACGGCACGAUUGCCAUAAAAAAACAUAGGCAAGCCAAUGCUUGUAGGGCGCGCAUCACAAUGAACGCAGAGUAGUCUUCGAUCCACUCCUGGAUUGUCAGCAGAAUAGCAAUGUUAUCAUAAUAAAUUAAAUAAAGUUAGAGAAAAUAUGAACUAAGUUAUUGACCUUGAGGAGGUAAAGGCCAGAUGACCAGAAAAGUUCAUUAUAGCACAGAGAGAGCUAGACAGAGAGGAAGAAAGAGUGGAUUAUAACAAGAAGCGAUGCGAAACAAUAAGACAAAUCCUUGUUGAAACAAAAGUAAAUACGAAUUUUUGGAUGCCAUUAGAGGACACCACUGUCCUAUUGAUAUUUUCCCAACAACAUCGUGUGUACCGCCUUCGCUUUGUCUGACCCAUCGUUGUUAGUACAACAGCUGCGCUUUACUAACACAAACCAACUAGGUAGGGUAAUGUAUUUCAACACAAAACCGAGACGAUUGAGAAGGGACGGGUUCGGAUAGAACGAACGAAACGACGUAGAAAUAAAGAAGUUCUUGGACAGGAGCAUCGUUCCAGGGCGUUCAGUUCUAUAUUUCAGUCAGUUGGCGUUUGGCGGAAGUUUACAAUAUACGAUGGAAAGAAGCGAGAGAAAGGAACGGUACAUCCGUUUAAGAGUUUGACCAUUCAUUCACAGAUGGAAAUGACUUGAAGAUGCGAGAAUAUCAUGUAUACUGAACGAUGCAAAAGAACAGAAACUCUUCAACCAUUCCUCCGCCUUGACCUUCUCGUAGGGAAGAAAAAAACGACAAUAAGGGAAAUUAAAAAAAAAAAAAGGCUGU